AUGGCGUUGUCAGUUUUUAUAGGAGUGGGAAGACAAGACUCGCCGGUCGCAGGGAAAAGGCGGAGGCGGCGGCCACCACGGCUCGGCCAGGGUUCCCAGUGCCACGUCCGCCGCACCCCCUCCCCGUCUCCCGCCCCCGCGAAGCCUGAUGCGACUCCAGCCGGACCCGCUGGCUGCCCCACCCACCGCCACCACCCCAGCCCCAGCCCCGCGAGCAACCUGAGGCCGGACUGCGCGCGCAGCGCCCGCACGGCUCGCACGGAGGAGGAGCUCCGGACCCUGUUCGCCAGUGGCCUCCCUGUGGCCAUUCAACCCGAAGAUCUCUACCUGCUCUUCAGGCCGUUCAAGGGGUAUGAAGGGUCCAUCAAGCUCACAUCGAGGCAGCCUGCUGGUUUUGCGAUCUUUGACAACCGGGCAGGAGCAGAAGCCGCCCAGAAGGCAUUGAACGGUAUUCGCUUUGAUCCUGAGAACCCGCAGACCCUGAGGCUAGAGUGUGCCAAAGCCAACACCAAGACGGCCAAGAACAAGCUGACGGCUACGCCAAAUCCCACCAACGCUCACCCCUCCCUAGGAGCACACUCAGAGCUGAUGGGGGCCCCUCUGGGCCCCGCAUACCCGGAGUCCUGGGCCCCCUACCCUCUGUACACCGCAGAGCUGACCCCAGCCACCUCACCUGCUGCGCUCACCCACCCCGCUGCCACUACCGCUGCCGCCGCUGCCCUACAUGCUCAGAGGAUGCAGGUGCGCUGGUACCCUUCCUCUGAUACCACCCAGCGAGGUUGGAAGUCUUGUCAGUUCUGUUAG